AUGGCUCCUUUCACUUACAAAGCUCUUAGAUACAAAAACAACACUACGCCUAUCACGUACAAGGAGACACAGUUCUCGGACGUGGAGGAAUCGCCUUCUGGGUUUAAAGUGCCAGAGAAGAAGGUGUUGGUGAAGGUUCACUAUGCUGCUUUGAACCCAAUUGACUUUUUGUUGAAGAAUGCUGCUUCGGCUUGGAUUUUCCGUGGCGAGAGAGGCUUUGCUUCGGACUAUUCUGGUGAAGUUGUGGCUGUUGGUGCCGAGGCUGCCAAGAAGACGGGCCUUAAGGUUGGCGAUAGGGUCAAUGGUUUGAACCAGACUCCUUUUGGUAACGGUACCGCUGGCCAGUACACGUUGGUUGACCCAUUUGCUGAGUCUGGCGAGUCGAUCAGAAAGACCCCUGACAGUCUUCCUUUGGACCAGGCUGCGUCGUACCCGCUUGUGCUUGGUACUGCUCAGACCUUCUUUAACGAGGUGAACCCAAAGAACCCAUUGAAGAAGGUUUUGGUGCUUGGUGCUGGUACUUCUGUCGGAAGAUACACUGUCCAGGUUGCCAAGAAGGCUUACAAUGUCGGUGAGGUGGUGGUUACUUGUUCUGGCAAGUCUGCUGACCUCAUCACCAGCUUUGGCGCCGAUAAGAUUAUUGACUACACUCAGCACAAGUCUAUCUUGCAGCCUGUUUUGGAGCUGGUCAAGGAAUCUGGUAAGUUCGAUGCCAUUUUCGACUGUGCCGGUAAUGCCGACUUGUUCCCUGAGAUCACCAACAUUGUCCAGAACAAGGCCAACUUUGGCUUCUACGGCUCAAUUGCUGGUGACUCCAAGCUUAAGUACGGCAGUGACUCUUUGCUCAGUUUGGUUGUCAAGAACCUCAACGGUGGUCUCAGAAUCUUGGGCUCCCGUGUUGGAUACUACGACUACUACUACAGCCUUGUCAAGCUUAACCCAGGUAACAAGUGGGCCGAUAAGGCUAUCAAGUACCAGAGCGAAUUGCAGUUUGUCAACUCCAUUGACAGCGUUACGCCAGUCGAGGACUACCAGACGGCUUUGGACAAACUUGCUUCUAACCAUGCCAGCGGUAAGGUUUUGAUUCAGUUUUCUGAUUAA